GGAUCGUCACACAAGUACGUUCUACUGUUUUACCACACAUCGUUCGGGUGAAUGACAAUCCGGCUGGCUAACACACAGAUAUGAAGAGCUCACACAGAUUUGCCCGAUGAAUUCGGGACCUUUCAUAAUGGCUGUUACUAUGUCUAUGGAUCGUUGGAAGUUUUAGGGCUCUAGGGCUUGCAAGAUCUUUGAUCUUCCACAUGCAUUCUUGGAAACCAAAGGCGAGUGAACCACAUGUCUACCGCCAUUAAGCGAACUGAAAAGGCAUGAAUAGUAUUUCUCAAAGUGUCUCAACCGGGUAGAGCUCGGAGAUUCGGCUACUGCCGUGUACUGCAACUACUGUACAUACGUACACAUACUACAUUCACCUAAAUGAGCGAGCGCAUCUGAAAGGAUCCCAAAGAAGCCAGCGGGCGAGAAUAAAACCAAACAUAGCGGGUCGAGAUUUUUAAAUCGGGCCAACUUUAGAACAUCAGUCUUAAAGUUGAGUUACAGACGCGAAACCGAGAAGAGGUCACUAGUGCCAUUUUUAUGAUAGUCAAAUCACGUAGCCUCAAACACGAAAAAAAGUGAGUUGGCAGCUUCUAAAUUGAACACGUCCAGCGUUUAGCGGGCAAAAUAGUUCAGUGAAACGUGGAGUGACCUACUGAAGAGAAACCGCCUUUGUUAGUAAUGUUGGUGGGCGACUAAAUUAAGACAUACCAAAUAGGACCAAGACAUUGAUGAUGACUGCUCCCCAAGUGCUUCUCGUGUUGUCAGUUUUGACAACCCAAUAUUUGGGAUGGGUCUCGGCCAAGCAGAGUGAAUUGGUUGACAAUCCCCACAAGACCUGUCCUCCUGGCUAUGAUCUCCAUUAUGACCGAAGUGCGAGAAAGUAUGAAUGCCUUUGCAAGAAAUAUUAUCUCUAUUGGCCAGAAGACGGGUUGUGCUAUCGUGAAUAUUAUCAAGGUCCAUGUCCAGAAGGUCAUAGACUGGUUCGAAACGAAACCACCAGACAACCUUACUGCGCCUGCCCAUUUUUCUCAGCCAAAUAUGAACCGGAUGGAAAGUGCUAUCAGGAAUAUACUCAAGGACCAUGCCCAUUGGGACAACUUAUCAUGGUGGACCGAUCAACUGGUCAAGGCAUCUGCUCAUGCGAUUCCAGUCUGACCAUGUAUUACCAUAAAGAUACGGACAAGUGCUACGAGUUGUACAAACAAGGUCCGUGUCCACAGGGCCACAUCCUAUCCUUCAACUACGGGACUUUUCAACCCCAAUGCAAAUGCCAAGAUGGGUAUCAAUUGCACACCGAUGGAAAGUGCUACCAACUCAAUUCUCAAGGUCCUUGUGCGGGGGAGUUGAAAGAUUGUCCGGGAACCCCUUGUUACAUGAAGACACUUGAGGCUAUUGAUAUCAAAUGUACCUGUCUGCCCAAGAACUCCAUGACAGAGGAUCACCAAUGCUAUCAACCCUACACUCGAGGACCAUGUCAGUUCGGGGAAUGGCUCGUUUUUAAGAAGGAUGGCACUUCAGAAUGUCAGGAUAAAAAGUAUUGCAAACGAUUUGAUAAUUGGCAUUGGUGGUCUCCACAUCAACGAUGCUAUCGGCAGUUUUCACAGGGCCCUUGUAAGAAAGGAAAACUGUUCUACUUAGACACAGACGAAGGUGGUACCGGUUGUUACUGUAAAAAAGACUGGGAUGCCUACUAUUGGAACAAAACCGGGGAAUGUUUCGAGCAAGAAUCUCCAGGCCCUUGCGCUGAUGGCCAAUAUUUCGCCUACAAUGGCACCUCCAAAUCCACAGAAUGCAGCUGCUUCACAAACUUUGUCCGCAACCCUGACUCGGGCAACUGUGUGGAGCAAUUCUCGCAAGGAGACUGUCCUCAAGGCCAACUGGUGACUGAAGGGUCGGAUGGAACCAUGAAGUGUGACUGUGGACCUCAUAUGCGGGAUCAUUAUUGGCCCUUGGACAACUCAUGUUAUCCCCAUUAUGAGCAGGGUCCCUGUAGCAAAGGCGAACAAUUCCGACUUCAUCCAAUUGAGAAAAGGCCCUCGUGCAUUGUAUGGGGACGAACAUCAUACGCUAGAAGAUAUUACAAGAAGAAAUAGUUAGAGAUUGAAUAAAUACAAACUCCUUAUCGUUCAUGCCAUCUAAUAUGUAUGUGAUCUCAAAUUCUUUAAAUGUAAUUGCCAUGUCCAUCCAGCUGUCACUCUCAAUUCAAGCCCUUUUUUAACCCUUACUAACUUACGAAUUUAUAUUUAUAUAUAUAUAUUUAUUAUCACCUAACAUCGCGAUGACAAGGAGAAAUAAAUGAGAGCAAGUAA